AUGUCUGAGGAAGUCUUCCCGGUCGUUCAUGGUUCUUUGGUAGUGGGUUCUUUCAUGGACCUUGGGGACAUCAUGAGUGACACAAGCAAUGGUCAAGAUGAAUGGUCCGAUCAGGACACGGACGUGCCCGAAGAGGCGCUCUCCGACACCUCAGAAUCGGACGUUUCCGCUGUACAGGAGGAGGAUGCGGCUUCCCCUCUCUCCGAUAGCAGCGUGGCACGCCCUCUCAUGUGGGGGGAAAUCCCUGUCGACUUCCUUGUCGAAGACGUAUUUGAACCAGCUGUCAACAGCUGGUCUGCUCAAGAAGCUGAAUUUGUCAGCCUCAUGCAAGGACAGAGAGGAACAUCAUCAGCGCACACCGGUGAGCCCCAAGAGAUUUCAGUUCAAGAUGGCCUGCCCCCGAUGCAUCCGGCAGUCCAAUGCCUGAGCUCCCAUCUCGAAGCGACACAGGCUUCUUUCCCUGUUGAGGUUGUCACCUGGUGUGUCUCCAGUACCCACCCGGUCUGUGGGCAUCCCAUCCAUGUUCAGUUGUCAGAGGACCGAUGUACGUGGGAAGAAACUCUGGUCAUGGCCUGGUUCGACAUUCUCAGUGUUCAGAGUGCAUACGUCCUAGAGAUCUGCCUGGUUGACUCAGAACAAAGGACGGCCCCAGCCACCAGUCCCCACGUCCUCAUGAGGCCGCAGGACACAACUGGAGAGUCCAUGUCACUGGUCACCACCCGACACACUGAUGGAACGUUUUCCAGAUGCCUUCAUUUUGCUCAUCCUGCGGAGUCAAUUGAACAGCUGGUUCGCAGAAUUGAUCGACACGCCAGUGACAGUCAUUGUGUAGAUGUGCACAAUGACCAAGGCAGACCGCCCCCUCCGUGGGGCUCUCAAGUCAUUGUGCAUCACUCUCAUGCCAGGAGCACCAGUGACAUUUCUGACAGUUUUGACUCAGUGACGCUCAUGCAAAGGCCUCGAUCACGGUCACCAGCCCGUGCUGCAGCCUUGUCCAGGCACCAGCCCACCGAGGAAGGAGACCCAAAUCAGGAGGAAGACCCAGAGGAAGAGGACUCAGGAUCACCAGACCCAGCGGAUGCGCCUGAUGAUAUGGUUGAAUGGCACAUUCUAUAUGCUGACAUGCCAGUGGAACCCAUUCCCAUUCAAGCUAGCCUUGAGGGUCCCUCGGUGUCGCAGGUAGCGCAGGCCAUCCAUUUUCCUGUUGCCUCAAUCGCCCAACUCUAUGUGGUUCAUUGGCUCUUUGAUUCCUUUCGGGACUAUGUUGUCUUAGUUGAACUUCACGAGGAUAGGGUUGAUCACUCGAGAGACGCCAUUAUCCUGUUUGACGUGCAUUGCCUCAGUGACCCGGAGAACGCCACUGAAGACGCAAAUGUGGAAGAGCCUCACCUUUUCCAUUCUUUGCACAUAGGUCGGCAACAGUACACGUUUCAGACGCUGCUGGGGGCGACUAGGCUCACCAGGCUGCAAAGACUCCACCCCGACUGCAUUCGUGUUUUCCACAAUGGGGAGCUUUGGCAACCGCAGGAGUCAGCACCCCACCAUAUAAACAAUGGCGACCAUAUCGAAGUUGAAAUCGCCAACACCAGAAAUGGACUGCACACAGUGGAGCUCAUUGAGUGGCUCCUGGAUGAAGGCAUUGGCCCCUGGCCGUCGCUUUUCCAAAACCCGGAUCCGGACGUCAUUUCUCCGACUCUCCCCUUCAGCAUCCGCCAAGAGAUUGAAGAUGAAGUGGGUUCAGUCUACGAAUGCCAACCGCAUCCGGGCCCCCAGUUCUCUGGGAUUGCAUUCAACAGUUGGUAUGUGUCGCAUAAUCGACAUGUCUCCUGCACUGAAAGCAGAGUGCUCAUCUUCUCCCAGCAGCAAGCCUCCUGGAAAGAAGCCAUUGCUCGAAUCUGGGAAGAUAGAUUUGACCGUAGCAGACCCUAUUCCGUCUCAUGGUGUAUGCCAAGACCACCCCAGACUGGAAGGCCUGAAUAUGACGCCCUACCCCAUGUGAUCGUUGAGCAACAACAUGCUAGAGGUAAAGCCGGAGUACUCUUAGCCACGAGUUACGUAGACACUGCCCCUGGCACUGUUGAUCUCAUGGCAGUGUCAGCACCUGAUCUGAUGACAGCAAACACAGCAUUUGAGCUUGCCUCUGUUGCGAGUGAUUGCCAGCGGGAUCGUCGCUGCACCGCGUACCAUGAAGACCGCAGGUUGAACGACCAUGAGCUCGCACACGCUCCAUCAGGUGCUGUGAUCACCAUUCAGAUCGCAGGACGGGCCAACAGUGCGCAAGGAAACGGUGACGCGGUUUCCUUCAUGCAGUCACCCCCCUCAGCUCCGUUGAUGUGCCCAGACACUGGGGGGAGUCAAGAUAACUCUGUGGAUUUGGAAGUGCGUGGGAAUUCUGCAGGUGAACAAUAUGGUGACCCGGCGAGCGAGUCCCCAGAUAUCAACUCCUUGGCCUCAUUGAGACAGUUACAUGGCAUGUUUGCACUGCCCAUACAGGGACCAGCCAGAACGGGAAUUGUUGCCACCUACUACCUCUCCCCGGAGAGACUUCGUAGUUGUGCAUUUGCCAGACCUGUUUCUUUGGACCAGGAUUUUGUGUCGUGGCGUGACAAGCUGGUUGAAGCAUGGGAAGACAUUGCAGAACGGCACGCCCCACACCAAAUCCAUGUUGUCACCCCGCUGCCGCACCAAAAUGCGGGCAGCCCAGGAUUUGUGGCCUUUGUGAUCGUCACUCAGCAUCUUCAGGCUUUUGACAGCACGGCCCUCUUCACAACUGAGGAAGAUGGUCACUUCAUUCACAUGGCCUUCAUCACCCCUACCCUCAUGGACGAGAGCACAGUACUGGAGACGAUCGGCUAUCAACAACGUUGUGAUCCCGCUCAGUCAGGCAAUGCUUGCACAGUUCGCAUCGGCCCCAGAGACGUCUCACAUGGGGAGUUUGUGCGUGUCCACCAGGGUUGCGGAGUGCACAUUAGAAUCGCCAGCAUGGAAGCAGCCGAUGAAUCUCAACUGUUGCAGACUGGGAUCACACCUCCUCUUUCGCCCAGGAACAAGAGGCAAAUUAGCAUUGCUGACUCCUUGAAUCUCAGCUGUGAAGUAUUCUUGCUGCUGAUCGACGCCAACGGCCUCUUCUCUGAGUCGUGGGUGAGCCCACAACGCCUCCAGGAGCUACAGGACCGUUUUCCAUCCGGUAGGAAACUUCAAUGGGAAGAAAAGGACCGAUCGCACCUUGUGCUCGAAAUCAGGCCUAACGGUGUCACAUAUGUCUUUCGCCCACUGAAAUCGGAGCUCAAUGAUGCCACUGAGACACAUUGCUUUCACUCGCCCAAUCAGGACAAGUGGGAUGAAAUGACGAUGUUGUCCAAACUUUACAAAGUGGAUCAACACAGGGCUGUUCUACACGCUCCUUCUCUUGAAAGUGCUUCUGGCAUCAGUCUGUGGUAUUACUCCCAGCAAGAUCCCACCCUGGAGAAAGCACCCAAGAUUGAUAAGGAACCCACUCCAUGGCCGGAACCGCAGCCUGUUCCCACUGUGCAUCCGACCUCGCUUCGCUGUGUCCAAGCUCCAUGCGAUCCAGGCAUUCAGAUUAAAUUGCCUUGCAGUUCCAAAGUAGUCAAGGACAUUGUCGGUUCGAACUGGAUCACUCUGACUACUAGCACAAUGGACUUGAACAUUCCGGCAGAGUUCCAAAUUCAAGCUGACCCCGGCGUCAGUUUCCAAGACUUUGACCGACUCCUCAUCUUCACAGAUGGGUCAGCAAAGGUAGAAGACCAGCCGACAGGCCAUGACAUGGGAUGGGCCUUCGUGGUCGUCGGGGAGAGAUAUGGCACCCCUCCUGCAUUUUUAGGUUGGUUGGGAGAACCUGUUUGCUCAGACUCGGCUUCUCCGAGACAUAUUCGGUCGUCAUCCAUGCAUUCAACGAGGGCUGAAAUUGAAGCAUUGAUCUGGGCGGCACAGUGGCGCCUCUCCCUCAACAUGAACAUGGCCACAGCGGUCCUCACGGACUCCAUGGUGGGCAAACAGACGGCUCUUGGUGAAGUGGGCCAUCAUGGGAGCUGGGGAGGGACCCUGCUCCGUGGAGCCUACCAAGCACUAGAAGCCAUUUGCCCGGGUCCGCUCCUUGUGGUGCAACACACACGUGGUCACUCGGGACAGUACUGGAAUGACAUGGCAGACCAACUUGCGGGAUGGGCUCGUAGGCAACCACAUCUCUCGAGCAGUAUUAACCCACCGCACAAUGCUUGGCAAAUGCUGAUUCCGCACUUGUGGCUGCUUCUACGUGGUAACAUUGCCAGCAUCAUGGAGGCAUCGGAUCGUAUCUUCGUCAGCCAGCCCAGGUUCCCAACAUCCAGUGUCCCUGAGGAGUCAGAAAUUGGUGUUCCUGUGUCAGCCACUAUCGACCUCAAUGUGGCUACUGGUAAUGUGCAAUCGCUCUACUCUUCCCAUGCGGGAGGAGCAGGCAAGAUCGCUUACCUUCAGGACCAGUUCAAUCACGCUCAGUUGCACAUGAUUGGCAUUCAAGAAACGAGAGGCACUGAUGGCUGUUGGGUCAACAAACACUGGAUCCGCAUUGCCGCAUCUGGUGACAAAGGGAACCAUGGUGUCGAACUAUGGGUCAACCGCCAGCUUCCGUAUGGCACAUCGGAAGGUGUUCCUCUCCAUUUUGAGAAGUCGCAUUUCGCAGUGGUCGCCAAGGACCCACAGCGCCUCCUUGUCAGGGUGGAGGCUCCGGGAGUCCAGCUCUGGGCCUUUGUGGGACAUGUUCAUGCCUUCCAGCUAGUGACUCCAGACUUGGACCCUAUGAAACCACAUGGGUCAGUCCAAAUGGCCAACAUGCGAAGCGUAUUGACUUCGUUGCCGUCCCCUUCCAGGAAGCAGGUUGGCCUCGAUAAAUCUGAACUUCUCAAACCAGAAGUGUUAGGAUCGGCCCUCAAAGCAUGCCAGCAUCCGCCGUGGGACGCCGACAUCGCAUCUCACCACUUCAUUGUCAACAAGCAAAUUCGUGACUGCAUGCAUCGUGCGGCACCCUCCAAGCCCCAGGGGCCCAAGAAGUCGUUCAUUACUCCAGAAAUCUGGCAAAUGAGAGCUGACCUUAACAUCAUGCGACGCAGAUGCAGAGAGCAGCGACAGUCACUGGCGAAGCGCCUGUUGGCUGUGUGUUUUCAAGCAUGGGCCUCACCCCGUUUGGACUUUGGGGAUGCAAGUGACUGUGACUGGACUUGUCUUCUCCCACAAGUUGCUGGUAUUCACAGCAAGGCCCGACAGAUAAAGAAACACAUCAAGAAAAGCAAACUCGCAGGAGUAGAGCAGGCGGUGGCCAACUGUCUACCCCAAGCGUCAGCGUCAGACAUCUUACGCAGCCUUCGUCAUUUCAGGGGGUCCAGCAAUGCCAAGUUCUUUGGCCCACCUCCCUUACCAAUGGUCAGAGACAGCUCCGGUCAGAUGUGUGCCAGUCCGGAGGCCGUGCUGGACAGAUGGAUCGAGCAUUUUGCAGCAAUGGAGGGUGGACGCCGACUUCCACAUGGCAGUCUACGCUCUCAAUGGUGUGAAUCCUUGCCACAAUUUGCGAGCAUGUCACAGUGUGAUUUGGAAGACUUGCCCACGCUCUGCGGACUUGAGCACAGUAUGCGCAGAGUCCGUCCAAGGAAGGCAACAGGUCCCGAUCACAUACACAGUGAAGCAUGCCAUGGCGCACCAGUUGCCAUGGCCAACUUGUAUUUCCCUCUGCUUGCCAAGACAGCACUAUUUGGGAUGGAGCCUUUGGAGUUCAAGGGUGGCAGACUCACCACUGCGUGGAAGCGGAAGGGACCGCAGCAUGACUGCCAAGCACAUCGGUCACUCCUCGUUAGCAGCCACCCGGGCAAAGCUUGCCAUCGAACCAUGAGGGACCUCCAUGUUCACGCAUACGAGGACGCUCUACAUCCAGACCAGCUGGGUGGCCGUCAAGGCACCCCGGUGGGAUUGGCAAUGCAUAUUGUUCGUGCACACCACAGAGCCAACAAGGAGCUCUCACGCUCAUAUGCUACCAUUUUCCUUGAUCUUCGUGAAGCAUUUUACCGCACCUUGCGUGAGCUAGCGCUUGGAUCAUCGCAGCCCACGCACCUUGACCAAUGGGCCCAGAGCAUGGGCAUUGCUCAAUCGGCUCUGCAAGAACUCAAACAGAGAAUGCGAGGACCAACUGCCACCCAGACAGCGGGCUUUUCAGCUGCGCACCGCAAUAUGGUUCAAGCCCUUCACAGCAACACUUGGUUUGUCAUGGAUGGACAGGCUGAUGUGGUGGCGACCUCGGUGGGUUCUCGCCCAGGUGAUUGCUAUGCAGACUGGGUUUUCAGUCUCCUCUUUUCCCAGGUCAUCAAGGAAUUGGAAUCCCGUCUGGUCGCUCGUGGGCCUCUUCCGGACUCCUGCCCGUUGGUGGGCCCGGUCUGGAUGGAUGAUCUCGCCAUCUGCCUUUCAGAUGAGGAUGCCGAGACCCUCAUCACCAAAACGUCCAAGGUGGUCUCUGAGCUCCUGGACGUGUGCACUUCGUAUGGAAUGCAGCCGAACCUCGACAAAGGAAAAACGGAAGCCUUGCUCAGUCUGAGAGGGAAGGGAGCUGAUCAGUGGAGAAAGCAUCUCUUCAACAGGGGCGGAAAGCAAUCCCUUGACAUCGUCACUGAGGAGGGCAUGGUUGCAGUGCACGUGGCAGCGGCAUACAAACAUCUUGGUGGAGUUGUCCACCACUCGGGAGAAUGUGGACAAGAACUCCGUCAGAGGUUUGCUCAGGCACAACAGGCGUUCACGGAGCACCGCAAAUUGCUCUUUCACAACCAUCACUUCACUCUGUCACAGCGUACCAAACUCUUGGACACACUGGUGCUGAGCAAGCUACUCUAUGGCACAGAGUCCAUGGUGAUGGUCAAGCAGCAGGACAUCGACUACGCGGAAUCAGCCCUAUUCAGGCUCUACAAGCGCCUCCUGGGGACCCGACAUGACCAGCAUCUCGAGCGAGAACAGCUACUUGCUAGCCUAGAGCUUCCAGACUUCGCUCUGUUGCAAAGGCGUGCUCGCCUUCGCUAUCUGGCAACGGCACUUCGCUGUGCAACUGGAAGGACCUGGGGAGUCCUAAGCAUGGACGUGCUUUGGCGUCGACUCCUUCAAGAGGAUCUGGAUUGGAUGUGGAAACAUCUCGUGAUGCUUGAUCCUCUCCCAGACCCAGGCACUGAUCUCUCGGCAUGGCAACGGUUGAUUACAUCGCGGCCUGGUUACUGGAAGAAACUGGUCAAUCGAGCUACCCGCUGCGCUGUUCUGCAACGCAAACAUGCGCAUCUAGUUCGUGCAUUCCAUUCGAGAUUUUGCACCCGGCUCAGGGAACUGGGCGUGCUGGACUUCGAUGACAUGGAGCAGCAACACACGGCUUAUGGAUGCAUGCAGUGUCGAGUUGGCGCCAAGUCCAAAGGAGGCGAAGGAGCACACAUGUUUCGCAUCCAUGGUCGCAGAGCGCCCGAAAGGUUCCUUUUCGACUCAACAUGCUGCCCAAGCUGCCUCAAGGAAUUUCACACUGUGACCAAGAUCCAAAGACAUCUGCAUCACUCCCGCAAGUGUCGCGAGUCACUGCGACGUCUCCCUGGACAUGAGCCCCUUCCAGAGCACGAUGAGCUCCUCCCAAGCCUCCAGACAGCCGGCCCCAGAGCGCAAGAGAUGGCACCGGUUCAAUGGGCAAAUUGGUCCUUCAUCGAAGACGUGCUCAUGGUCUUACACCCUGAUGGCAACGAGGACAAGACACUACAAGACAUCAGGAGUGACCUUGAGAAAACCAUUGCCAGCCACCCCAUUGCUUGGAGCGACUGCAAGGCUUCGUUUGAGAUAGUGCGCAGCGAGCUACAAGCCCAAGACCAAGGAAGCAAUCAUGUCAUGAUAGCUGAGUGCCUUCAGCUUCUUGAGGAACUGUCUCAGCCGGGAGCAUGGCCUUUCCUGGUCAAUGGUCGUUCAGUCCCCUUGCGAGCCAGUCAGCGACCCUUGGAAGAUUGGGACCACAUCCUCGAGCACAACAUCCGGGAGCAGACAUCACCGUGGUCGGGGCCUUCGAGACCGUUUAGUAAGCACAGGGUUAUCCUGCACUUAUUUUCAGGUCGAAGACGCUUCGGAGACAUGCAAUGGUUCAUGGAGCGCAUCCCGGAGCAACCGGGUACCACGCUUCACAUCAUCAGCCUGGACCUCAUAUUCCACGAGAAGUGGGGUGACCUCUCGAGGGAGGAGACUCAGCGCUGGUGGAUAGAUGCUCUACGACGACGAUGGGUGGUGGCUAUGUUGGCGGGACCUCCUUGUUCCACCUGGUCUCAAGCCAGGGGUCGACAUGUUGAAGGCCGCAGGACUGCCCCCAGAGUCAUUCGCACGGCUGAUCAACCGUGGGGCAUCGACACAGUUGCUGUUCGAGAAGCGCAGCAACUUAUUGAGGGGUCCACACUUCUCCUUUUUUGUGUGGAAGCAGCACUGGAGUUGUGGCAUGCGCAUGGCGCAUGUAUGAUUGAGCAUCCGGCGACCCCUGAUGAAGUUAGCAAGGCCAGCAUCUGGAGGACGAAACCGCUCUGUCUUCUUCGUCAACUCCCCGGAUGUGCCCUUCAGACUCUGAAUCAGGGCUUCUACGGAGCCAAAUCCCUCAAGCCCACGCAGGUCCUCACGGUCAACCUCAGCUGCUUUUCGGAGCAGUUCCGGCAGUGCAGAGUGACCAGCACACCUCCGACGAGGACCAGCAUCGGUGUGUCCAAGACGGGUGAGUGGCACACAACGGGACUCAAAGAGUACCCACCAUGUUUCAACAUUGGCAUUGCUAGGACGUUUGCACAGUUUCUCCAGGCAUUGCCAUAUGAUGAGUCUUCCCCAAGUGAACAGUUCUGGCAAACGGUAGCCCCUAUGAGAGCAGGCUUCUCACGCUCCAUGGGCUUGGACCACCAGAUCAGGGGAGACGCUAAUUAG